UUCCAGAGAGAUGGAUAAAGCUUCGGGCACCACCACCUUUUGGUUUUUAAAGCCCUUCCUUCUUCCUUCUUCCUUCUUCCUUGCUAUUUGCCUGCGGAGGAGGAGGAGGAGGAGGAUAAAGAAAGAGAGAAUUUUUAACAGCGCCGUCCGCCUCGACACCAUCGGAGUCGAUCAAGGGCGCGGGAUCGUGAUGUCGUCUCCGAGCAAGCGCCGCGAGAUGGACCUCAUGAAACUGAUGAUGGGCGACUAUAAGGUGGAGAUGCCGAAUGACAAGAUGCAAGUGUUCUUCGUGGACUUCCAUGGUCCCAAAGAGAGCCUUUAUCAAGGAGGCGUGUGGAGAGUAAGGGUGGAACUACCAGAUGCUUAUCCUUACAAGUCUCCCUCAAUUGGCUUUGUUAAUAAGAUGUAUCAUCCUAACGUCGAUGAGAUGUCUGGUUCGAUUUGUUUGGAUGUUAUCAAUCAAACUUGGAGUCCCAUGUUUGAUCUUGUCAAUGUAUUCGAAGUGUUUCUUCCGCAACUCCUUCUAUAUCCGAAUCCUUCAGAUCCAUUGAAUGGGGAGGCUGCUGCGCUAAUGUUGCAUGAUCAAUCAGCUUAUGAACAAAAAGUGAAAGAAUACUGCCGGCUAUUCGCAAAGCCCGAGGACGUCGGUAAUUCUCCAGAAGACGAAUCAAGCGACGAAGAAAUGAUUGAAAAUGAAUAUGAUUCUAGUGAUGAACAAAUGUUAGGAAAACCCGACCCUUGAUAAUAGGGUUCACAGUUCCCUGCACAUUGUUGCAGGGCGAAAAGAAAUCAGAUCAUUUCAUAUGCCACAUUGUAAAUAAAAAUACUCAACAAUGAAAUUAUAUAUAUAUGGGGAUUCUUUGAAAUGACUUCUGAUCAGAACCAUGCAAAUUAGGCCAAGAAUCGAGAUGAAUUGGGAAAUAGUGACUCUUAUAAGGUGAGUGUUCCUCAAGUAUGGAGCAAAUUUGUGCUUUGUCAUGGUGUCAGGUAACUAACAAUUAGGAAUAGUAAUGGCUUUCUGGUGGAAAAUCAGAAUGUUUGAGAAAUUGUUUCAA